AUGAUCUUUUCAUUCCAGUCUGUUCCAUUCGUUACCCAGUUCCUUGGUGGAGUCAAGGAUGACACUGUGGUUAUUAUCAAUGGCGAUAUCCUACCUUCAGCUAAAAGCGUUACAGUAAAUUUCCAAACUGGUAGUAAUGAAAAUGACGACAUCCCCUUCCAUUUAAAUUUUCGCAUUGAUGAAGGAUUGGUUGUCUCCAACACAAGGCAAAAUGGAAUCUGGGGGACGGAGGAACGUAAAUUUCAGGUUCCAUUUACUAAGUGGCACCCUUUUGAAUUCCGGAUUAUCAUCACAAGCAAAGACUAUAAAGUUUCUGUGGAUAGAAAUCUAUUUACGGAAUAUGCUCACAGAAUUCCUAUAGAACAAGUCAAAACUUUAGCAGUAAAUGGUGAUAUUGCUCUGAAAAGUGUGGCGAUCGAAGCACAAGGGGGAUUAUCCCAUGAAAAGUUUGAUGUGAAUUUCCGGACUGGUGAUGUACAGAAGAGUGAUAUUGCCUACCAGUUUAAUCCUCGUUUGGAGGAAGGACAAGUUAUUAGCAAUGGAAGGAGAAAUAACAAUUGGCUGCAGAGUGAAGCGAAGUCCGAGAUGCCAUUUGCUAGGGAAAAACCUUUCGAACUCCGGUUCCUAGUUACAGAUGAGUCAUAUAAAGUUUAUGUGAAUGGAAAUUACUUUUUGGAUUACAAUCACAAAAUUCCUCUGAACCAGGUCAACACUUUAGCAAUAAUGGGCUGUGUUAUCCUAAACAGAGUUGAGAUACAAGCAGAAGCGGUGAACACAUCCCAAAGUAAGAAACUCAGCUCAGAGGUGGACCAUGUGCUGUGGAUCAGCUCCAUAAUGCGCCAUAUCUGUGUUGAAGUGAUGUGGUCUAAUUUGAAUGAUUUUUACAGGUGCGGAGUGGAAAGGUCUCAGGUCUAUUCUUGCAACAAAUUUAUCAAUAGGGAUAAGGUGCAACUUUUGGAAAACCUCAAUUAA